GCAGGUCCCAGGCAGCCAGAGCUGUGUGGUCCAGGCAACAAGAGGAGGAAGGAGAUGGGAUGGGCAAACCACACAGCUGUGACCGAGUAUGUCCUGCUGGGACUCCGUGAGCACCACAGCCUAGAGAUAGUCCUCUUUGUGCUUUGUCUGAGCAUCUACUGCACCACGCUAGUGGGGAAUGCCCUCCUUGUGGGGCUGAUUGGGCUGGACCCCCACCUGCACAACCCCAUGUACUUCUUUCUCAGCAACCUCUCUCUCAUAGACAUCUGCGGGACCUCUUCCUUCAUACCUCUAAUGCUGCUCAACUUCCUGGACAUCCAAAGGACCAUCUCCUUCCCCAGCUGUGCCCUGCAGAUGUACAUGACCCUGGCACUGGGUACUACGGAGUGCCUGCUUCUGGCCAUGAUGGCGUACGACCGGUAUGUGGCUAUCUGCCAGCCACUUCGGUACUCAGAACUCAUGAACGGGCAGCUCUGCGUGCAGAUGGCAGCGCUAAGCUGGGGGACGGGCUUUGCCAACUCGCUGCUGCAGUCCAUCCUUGUCUGGCGCCUCCCCUUCUGUGGCCAUAAUGUCAUCAACCAUUUCUUCUGUGAGAUCCUGGCCAUGCUGAAACUGGUCUGUGGGGACAUCUCCCUCAAUGCACUGAUAUUAACGGUGGCUACAACUGUUCUGACCAUGGCCCCACUCCUGCUCAUAUGCCUCUCUUACACAUUCAUCCUGGCUGCCAUCUUUAGGGUACCCUCUGCUGCAGGCCGGACCAAAGCCUUCUCCACCUGCUCUGCCCACCUUGCAGUGGUGGUGAUUUUCUAUGGGACCAUCUCCUUCAUGUAUCUGAAGCCCAAAGCCAAAGACCCCAGCGUGGAUAAGAUUAUCACACUAUUCUAUGGGAUUGUGGCACCCUCACUAAAUCCCUUCAUCUACAGUCUGAGGAACACGGAAGUGAAAGCAGCUGUGACCAGCCUGCUGCAGGGAGGUCUCCUCACCAGGAAAAUGUCCCACUUUUAACUCCUAGUCUCCAUCUUUGUCAGCCAGCAGAGGCUACGUUCUCCUGGGGUGACAGCGUCAAUGUUUCAGUGGCUUAAAAACCAU